AUGACAGCGCCAGCUGGGAACCCUAAGAAGGAGUCCAAGAAGCCUAAGUACUCGCGUUUCACACAGCAGGAGCUGCCGGCGUGCAAACCGCUGCUGACGCCAGCAUGGGUGAUCGCGACGCUCUUCCUUGUCGGCGCCGCCUUCAUCCCCAUCGGAGUCGUCGCUCUCAUGGCGUCUAACAGCGUGGUGGAGGUGGUGCAGCGCUACGACGACAGCUGUGUGCCGGCCGGCAAGGACGGCGUGGCGUACAUUCAGAACGCGUCCGUCGUCAAGAAGUGCGACAUCCGGAUCACCGUGCCGAAGCGCAUGCAGCCGCCAGUGUUCGUGUACUACCAGCUCACCAACUUCUACCAGAACCACCGCCGGUACGUGAAGAGCCGCAGUGACAGCCAGCUGCGGGGCACCAACAUCAGCGGCAGCGAUUUUGACGUGUGCCAGCCAGAGGCGUACCUGUGGGACAACACGUCCUCGCCCAUCCGGCCGUGCGGGCUGGUGGCGUGGUCGCUGUUCAACGACUCGUACGCCAUCACAGACGUGGGCAGCGGGCAGCAGCUGGCCAUUGACAGCAGCAACAUCGCGUGGCCCAGCGACCAGAGCGGCAAGUUCGCUGGCGUGCCGCCUGAGAACUUCAACACUGUUGAUGACCUGCGCGGCGGGGCGCAGCUUAACACGCUUCUGAACCAGUCGGAGAAUCUGAUGGUGUGGAUGCGCACGGCAGCGCUGCCCACGUUCCGCAAGCUGUAUGGGCGUAUCAACACGCCACUGGAGGCAGGCAGCACGCUGGCCGUGGUGCUGCAGAACAACUACAACUCCUACCAGUACGGCGGCCAGAAGGCCCUCGUCAUCUCCACCGCCAGCUGGCUGGGCGGCGCCAACGGAUUCCUGGGCCUCGCCUACCUCACAGUGGGGGGGCUCUGCUUCCUGCUCGGCCUCCUCUUCUUUGUCCUCCUCUUCACAAAUCCAAGGCCAUUGGGAGAUACCUCGUACCUCUCGUGGAAUCGCCAGGCUCAUCAUGUGCCUCCACCUUCAACCUCUGAUGGCACCGCUGCAGUGGAUGGCACACAAUAA